AUGGACCCCCAUGAUAUAGCUUCGCAACAUAUUAAAGGUAAUUCAAUUUUUUUUUAUAACGAAUAAACUAUAUAUUUUGUAAUAAACGUUUACAAAUGGAACGAAUUAUUAUCAUCCUCUUGGUUUACAGGCAUGUGCAUUUUUAAAAAAGUGUCAGACUUAAAAUUAGUUUUAUUUGUCAUACAUAUGGUCAAUUGGUAUAAAUAGUAAUGUAGAUUAGUGUAGGAACAUUUUCCUGUUAAUUAACUAUGUAAUUUAAAAAUUAAUUGAUUUAUGAAUUUAAAUAAGAUUAUAAAUUAUGUACUGAUCUAUUAAUAAUCUGUAUAGUUGAAAGUUAAAAUUUUAAACAAUUGAGUACCAUAUGUGGUACGUAACAUUUAAUAUUGAUACGUUUUAAACCUCAUUUGGUACUCUUUGGUUAUCGCGAUUUUCUGGUACCUACCAAGAAUAGUUAAAAUAUAAUAAUAUAAAAAUAAAUUUAGUUAUCUUGACUUCGUAUGUGUAUGCUACGUUAUUCUUUAGGUUUUUCCGAAAGAUUCGCAUAAUAAUAUAUAUUCAAUAUAAAAUAUAUCAUUAUCACAAUUCACUUCAUUAGCUCUCUGCCAAAUGUGUUAGUGUAGUGAUUACUAGUGUCAUAAAAAAGCCUGCAUUUACACUGUUAUUUUAUUUGUAUUGAUUAUUAUAUUUUAAUGUAUGCUAUUUUUAUAAAAAUGCAAAUCUGGAAUUCGACAUCAAACGAGAAAGAUGCCGUUCUUUCAAGAAAAGGGUGUUUUACCGAAAAAAUGAGUGUAUGGAUUUGGUCACGAAGCAAAAUUUUAUUUUGGAAAACAAUUUUUUUGGAAAUGUAACAUUAAAUCCUGCCAAAAAAGGUUAACAUCCGUGUUUGUAAUUGAUUUGUUAUACUAUAUUUUAACUAUUUUUGGUAGUUGCGAUAACUGAAUUGCAAUACUGGAAAAUCAUUGAUAGUCACGAUAACCAAAAAGUACCCCACCAUUUCCAUAUGGAUACUUGACAAAUUUCUAAGUAUAUGUUAAGAUAUGGCAAUUAUGAGUUAGAAUUUAUAAUAUAUCUAUUUUUCAUAUUACAGAUUCCUUAACCACCAAAAAUCUUGCAGAAUGUCUAACAUCAACUGGACGGUUUUCAUAUUGUGCCUUAUGUGCAACUUCAUUAAAUUGCCUUUAUAAAGAUCCUAUACAUCGAGAUUUCAAGUUGGAUUGUUUACGUUCCUUGUGUAAUCAUUUAAAACUAAUAUUACAGUUGCCCACUUUGGAAGAAAUGGCUAAUUGUGAAUCACCUUUGGAUGUUAAAGUAUGUGUUAAAACUCUCAAAAAAGAAGAAGUUCUUAAUGAAGGCAUGAUGAUUAUUGUACAAGAUCUUCUAUUGCUGGCCAUUUCCAAUGGUAAAAAUUAUUUUCUUUUGCACCUUUACCUUUUUAAAUUAAAUCACAAUCAUCAUAGCAAUAAAAUAUAAUAUAUUGAUAUGCAAACAAAAGGAUUUAAAGUGGGUAAGUAUUAAUUAAUAAUAAAUUAUCUAAUAUAGGUAGCAUUUAUUUCACUAAAAAUUGUUAUUUUUAAAAUUAUGCCUUUUUUUUUUUUGUAGAGAAGUAAAAAAAUAUGUUAUAAGUUUUGUAGCAUAUUAUCACUUAUCAGUUAUCAAUAAGUAUUUAAAUAGGGUUCAUACUUUUUAGAUAUUUAUAAUAGUUUUCCAAAAAAAUAAUGAAAAUAAAUAUAACAUUUGUAAAACUUAGUAACUGUAUCAUAAUUUAAAAAUUAUAUUUUCGAGAAAUUUAUGUUAAUUAUUCUUUUGUUUUCUCUUUGCUGUUUGGAGUGAAUCACUAACAACUCUAAUAUCCACUUACAAUGACUUAUUACAUCAACCACAUAUUUUGAAUUUUUAUUAUUUGAAUGAUAUUCAAUGAAUUUGUGUAACUAUGUUAAUAGUACCUACAUAUAAAAUAUAAAUUGAAAUUUGUUCAAUAAUUUAAUUAUCUAUUUAUAAAACCUCGAACAUUUUAAAAUUUCAUAUUUUUAUGAAUUUAAAAUUAUAUUGAAUUCUAGGUAUUUGAAAUCUUUCCAAAUUCAAUUGUUUAAUAUUAGAAUAUUUGUAUUUAAAAAAAAGACCUCCCAAAGCACAGACUAGAUUAAAAAUUAUACAAAGGUUUUUGAUUGGAUCAAAAUUUUUGUCAGAUAAAUUAUUUAUAGACAAAACAUAGUAAAACCAAUCCAACAAUAAAAUUCUAUAUUUUACCUUUGUGCUUAGUUAUCAUGUAUGAUUUAUAAAAUUAAUUAUCAAUACAAGUGAAAAUAUGUUUCAGUAAUUUACAUUUAAAUAUUUUUAAAGUAAAACUCAUUUAAUUAUUUAUCUUUUUUAUUAUUUAGUAUGUAAAUUUUUAUGUCACAUUAUAAUAAUUACAUUAUCACAUUAUAAUUUUAUUUUAUUAAGGAAAAAUCAUUUUAAAUUAUUAUAUUUUCUUUAGGUACCUACGAUGCCCGUUGGAGAGUUCUAAUAUUAUAUGUUACUCGUGUUUUUGAUCUUGAUUUAAAUAUAGUAGAUAAUUUUGAGUUAAAUGUUGUAAAUUGUUUAUCAAAUUUUAAGCCAAAACCAACAGAGUGAGCAUUUUAAUCAAUUUCUUUUAAUCAUUAAAUAUUAGUAAUUUUAGUCUACAAAUGACUAUUAUUUAAUUCAAGAGAAGAACAAGCUGAUGCUGCUCGACGUACCCGUGUUUCUAGAACUAAACGUUUCGCAAUGAUUGGUUUAGCUUCAGUUGGUGGUGGAAUCCUUAUGGGUUUAACUGGUGGAUUGGCUGCUCCUCUUAUUGGCACGGGACUAACCAGUAUUAUAGGUUCAUCUGCCAUUUUUGGCGCAAUUGGAACAAUAGGAGGUUCAGCGAUAAUUGGUUCGCUUUUUGGUGUUGCUGGGGCAAGUUUAACUGGUAAUAAUCUAUUGAACUAUACUAUGAUGAUUGUAAUAUAAAAUAUUUUAAUUCUUAAUUUUUAUAGGGUAUAAAAUGCAAAGGAGAGUUGGUGAUAUAGAAGAAUUUGAAUUUAAUAAAUUGCCUACUGGAACUCAAACUGGAGAUGUUCACUUACAUAUUACUGUUGUAAUAUCUGGAUGGCUAAGCGAUGAAAAAGAAAGCAGCUAUAUCCAACCCUGGCAAUAUCUUAGAGUAUAAAAAUAAAAUAUUUAUACUAAUUUAGAACACUAAGUACAUUAGUAUAGAUUAUUUUUGCCUCCACUGAAAAUACAAAGACAAUUACAUUUAUCAAAUAUCUUUCUCUUUAAACUAUUCACAAUCAUCAUAUAACAAUAUAUAGCAUUAUUAAAUUUCAAUAAGUUCCCUAUUUUAAACUUAAAUGUUUUGUAUUUGCUAUUUAGUAAUUUAUUCCACUAAUAAAUUUAAAAAAAACAACAAAUUAAUUGAUUUUCAGGACAGUCCUGAACAGUAUUAUCUACGUUAUGAAUCAUCUUAUUUGUUGGAACUUGGGAAAGCUAUGGACUACUUUCUUAGUUUUGCUGUCUCUGUUGCAUUACAAGAGUCUCUCAAAUAUACUGCUCUUUCUGGUUUAAUGGCAGCUAUCGCAUGGCCAGCUGGAAUUUUAGGUUUAUCUUCUGUGAUUGAUAAUCCAUGGGGAGUGUGUUGUCGACGAUCAGCCCAAGUUGGAAAAGAAUUAGCUAAUGCUCUACUCUCACAUUCGCAUGGUAAUCGACCUGUAACAUUAAUUGGUUAUAGUCUUGGAGCUAGAGUUAUUUAUUAUUGUUUGCGAGUAAGUAUUUAAAAUUAUGAAAUAAAAUGUUCAAUAAUAUAUAUUAUUUUUCACUAUUUAAGGAAAUGUCUCAAAGAGAAAAAUGUCAUGGUAUUGUUCAAGAUGCUAUUUUAAUUGGAACUCCAUGUAAUAGAAAUCCUUCAGACUGGAACAAAAUUUCACAGCUUGUGGCUGGAAGAAUUGUAAAUGCAUACUGCAGGUAAAGAAAAUAUUCACAUAAAGUUAUAAUAUUACUAAACUAAUUAUUAUUUAAUCUUAAUUUAUUAUUAGAAGUGAUUGGUUACUUAAGUUUCUGUAUAGAACACUUUCUAUGCAAGCACACGGAGUAGCUGGUCUUGAAGCUAUUAAAUCGGAAGGUGAUCGAAUAGAAAAUAUUGAUUUGACGAAUAUUGUUUCAGGUAAUAACAUAGACUGGACAUUUUCUUAAGCUUAUUUUAGCAUUUUUAUAUAAACCAAUAGAUUUGGUGAUGAAUAAAAAUAAAAUAAAAAUACAAUUUAAAACAAAUUUGAAUUAUACUAUUACUUUUCAAAUACUUGAGACAUUAACCUAAACAUUCAAACAUUUAUGUAAAAUAAUUUUUUUAUCAAACUUUGGAGUAGUUCAAAAUUUCAAAAAAUUUUAUUGAAAGUAGAUGUUGAGUAUUUCUGAUUAUUGAAACCUACUUAGCAACAUAUAUAUGAAUAUUAAAUACUUAGCUUGUGCCCCUAAUUUGUAGUUUAAUCUAUGCAUAUUCAAAAACAGUUCCAUUUUUUAAUUAUAAACAAAUAUUCCAAAUUUCAGACCUAAGUAAUUAUAAUCUUAUUAAUUACUUAUAAAUUAUGUGAUAUAAAUGUAAAUGUCAAUUAAUGUUGUACAGAAAUUAAAUGUAAAUUAAUUAUUUGCAUUAUAUUUUUUUUGAUUUAACUAGCUCGAAUUUCAUUCAAUUUAACAUUGAUUUAUAGGUCAUUCUGAUUAUCCGCAAAAAUUGACAGAAAUUUUAAUGUAUAUUGGAGUUAAUGUAGACAAUUCAAUUGUAGUCAAAAAUAAAUUAAUUUCUACACAAUCUAUGCCUGAAGCGAUGUGUGAAACUCUGAGUUUAAAUGUGAGUAUAAUAAUUUAUUUAAUAAGAUAUUUUUGUAAAAAAUUAUUAAAUUUGAUGAUUCAUAUUCCAUUAUAAGAUUUCUCUAUUUCAAGUGUUUAUCUUAUAUCAUUUUAGGCAAAUAUUCAAAAUAACUUCUGAAUAUUUAAAAUUUAUGAAUUAUUAUUUUAAAAUUUAUAAAUAUUUUUCAUUAUUUAGGAUGAAUGUGAAGUCAAAAGGUCAAAAUCAGUAAUUGAUCUUGCAAUUAUUGAUAAAAAAGGACAAUAA